CAAAACGUAUCCCCGUGCCCUCCUCAUCUCCCAUCACUCUCGUCCGAGUUCGCCGACGCUCUCUCGCUCUACCUGCCGCUCCCCCCCCCACCCCCCACCCCCCUUGCUGGUGGACUCUCCCGCGCCUCGUCCCGGCGACCUCCCGUUGAGUCCCACAGCUCGGAAGCAGCGCCUUUUGUUGACCGCCUGACACUCUUACUGGGACGCGGCUCAAGAUGCCAGAGCCCCCGAAGAAAGAUGAGACACCAAAUGGCCAGCCGGAAGAAAGUGUUGCACCAGACAGUAACGGUUCCCCGCUCCUACCUGUGAUUUCACUGGAGGUCUCUCCGCCCCCAGAUGACAACGCCCUCGCAGCCACUAGUCUGCUCCCAUCGCCCCCUACAGAGGAAGCCAAUUCACUCAAGAAACUCUCAAUUGAGCUGCCUAAUGAUAGCGUCCCUGUUACCUCCACGGGGAGAAAAGACUCAGUGUGGUCUUUGGGUGAGUCCCAGCCCCCAGAGGAACUGGACAAGCCUAUCGAGACCCCACCGCUGUCCACCCUGCUAACAGAGAGACCCGUAAGCGGCAUGGUGACCGUCGGUGGAGACAUCACCUUUGUCGCAAAAGUGGAGGCCAAAGACCUUCUACGCAAACCAACCGUCAAGUGGUUUAAGGGGAAAUGGAUGGACUUGGCCAGUAAGACAGGGAAGCAUCUUCAGCUCAAAGAGACCUUUGACCGAAACACCAAGGUCCACACAUUUGAGAUGCACAUCAUCAAAGCCAAGGAGAAUUAUGCAGGCAAUUACAGGUGCGAGGUCAACUACAAGGACAAGUUUGAUAGCUGCGCCUUUGACCUGGAAGUGAAAGAAGCUGGUGGAUCACAAAGCAUUGAUAUCCGAUCCGCUUUCAAGAGGAGCAGUGAAGGCCAAGAAGAUGCAGGGGAGCUUGACUUUAGUGCUCUCCUUAAACAUAGGGAGCAUAAACAGCAGGACGACACUCCCGAGGUGGACGUGUGGGAGAUCCUGAAGAAUGCUCGUCCAGAUCAAUACGAGAAGAUUGCCUUCAUGUAUGGUAUCACAGAUCUGAGAGGCCUGUUGCGCAGAAUGAAGAAGAUUCCCAAAGAGGAGAAGAAGAGCGAAGCUUUUGCAAAGAAGCUAGAGCCGGCGUAUCAGGUGGAUAAAGGAGGCAAGAUCCGCCUUGUCGUCGAUCUGACUGACCCGACGGUUGACCUGAAGUGGUACAAAAAUGGACAAGAGAUCCGUCCUAGUCCCAAGUACAUAUUUGAGCACAAGGGCACACAAAGGAUCCUGGUCAUCAACAACUGCAGCCAGAAUGAUGACGCAGCGUAUUCUGUGGCGGCAGGCGAUGAGAAGUGCUCCACGGAGCUGUUUGUCAAAGAAUUGCCAAUCAAGAUCACUAAAGGCCUUGAGCCUGUUGUGACCACAGUGAAUGAGAAGAUUGAGCUGGAGUGUGAGGUGACAGAGGAAGGCGCCCCAGUCAAAUGGAUGAAGAACGGUGUUGAGAUUCCAACAGGGGUUCGAUCCAGAUAUCGAGUCAAGUGCGAGGGAACCAAACACACCCUGGUGAUCGACGAUGCCUCCCUGGAAGAUACUGGGACUUAUUCCAUCAUGGCUUCUGGAGGCUCGUCAGAGGCUCAUGUACAGAUUGACUUGAAACCACUGAAGAUCCAUCAAGACCUGCAGGAUACAAAGGUGAUGCUGGGCAAGCCUCUCAAGCUGCACUGUGAGAUCUAUCCAGGCAACGUCCCAGGUCGAUGGUAUAGGAAUGGACAGCUGAUCCAGCCGAACGACCGCAUCAACAUUGUACACAAAAAUAGGGUCCACGAACUUUCAAUUGAAACGAGUUCCCUUCACGAUUCUGGGGAUUACACCUUUGUACCUGAGGGGUACUCACAAAGCCUAUCUGCCAAGGUUCAUGUUAUAGACCCUCCAAGGGUGCACCUGGAGGGCUUGAACUUCGUGGACAACACUGUGACAGUUGUAGCUGGAAACAAAAUGCGCUUGGAGAUCCCCAUCAGUGGAGAACCAGCCCCCAAGGUGGUGUGGAUGAAAGGUGAAAGGGUUAUUCUUGAGUCCGGCAAUCGUGUCCGAGCUGAAACAUACGUUGACCAGACUAGCCUGACAAUUGAAAUCACAGAGCGCGAGGACACAGGCAACUACAAACUAGUCCUUCAAAAUGAGGCCGGUGAGGCCACAGCUUGCAUCAAAUUGAAGAUUGUAGACAUCCCUGAUUCUCCAGAUACUCCUUCGGUCCCUGUGAUUGGAGGUGAUUGGUGCCAGAUGACAUGGGAGGCACCCAAAUAUGACGGGGGUUCACCAAUUUUAGGCUACUAUAUUGAGAGAAAAAAGAAGCAGAGCUCAAGAUGGAUGAGAAUUAACUUUGACCUGAUCAAAGAGACGACAUAUGAGCCCAAGAAGAUGAUUGAAGGCGUGCCAUAUGAAGUCCGGUUAUUUGCGGUCAAUGCCAUUGGCGUGUCCAAGCCCAGUGAGCCAUCCAAACCCUUUACCCCCCUCGCUGUGACCAGUGAGCCCACCAUGCUGGUGGUGGAUGACGUGACUGACACCACAGUGACCAUCAAGUGGCGUCCUCCAGAAACCAUUGGAGCUGCUGGUCUCGAUGGGUAUUUGGUGGAGUACUGCCUUGAAGGAUCUGAUGACUGGAAAGCAGCCAACACUGAACUGAUAGACAAGACCAGAUACACGAUCAAAGACCUGACACCUGGGACUAAAGUCUUAAUUCGAGUCAAGGCUGUAAAUGCUGCUGGAGCCAGCGUUCCACGGAACACUCAGCAUGCAAUUCUUAUCAAGGAGGUUAUCGAACCACCCAAGAUCCGUGUCCCUCGACAUCUGAAACAGACUUACACGAAAAGAGUUGGGGAAGCAGUCAACCUUGUGGUGCCGUUCCUGGGCAAACCUAGGCCAAAGGUUACCUGGCAGAAGGAUGGCCAACCCAUUGAUCCUGCCCACGUCAGCAUCCGUAACACGGAAUGUGACAGCAUCAUCUUUAUCCGUAAAGCCGAGCGCAGUCACUCCGGGAAGUAUCAGAUGAAGGUGCAGGUAGAAAACCACGUUGAUUCAGCCGAGUUAGACAUACAGAUCAUAGACCUACCUGGGCCUCCCCAGAUUGUGACAAUUGAAGAUGUCUGGGGAGAAAAUGUAUCUCUGUCCUGGAACGCCCCCAGAGAUAACGGCAAUGCUGCGAUAACUGGCUACACCAUACAAAAGGCAGACAAGAAGACAAUGGAAUGGUACACAUGCCUGGAGCACUACCAUCGCACCUCUAUCGCCAUCACCGAACUAGUGGUUGGGAACGAGUAUUUCUUCAGGGUCUAUUCUGAGAACAUGUGUGGGCUUAGCGAGUCGGCCACUCAAACCAGGAAAAGUGCCCGCAUCGUCAAAGACGGCAUGAAGAUGAAAAUCGCCCAGUACAACGACCACGACUUCAACGAGGCCCCCAAGUUCACGCAGCCGCUCAUCAACACGUUUGGCAUCGCCGGCUACAACACCACUCUCAACUGUAGCGUGCGGGCCCACCCCAAGGCCAAAGUGACCUGGAUGAAGAACAAGAUCAUCAUUGGCGACGACCCUCGCUACCGCAUGUUCAGCAACCAGGGCGUGUGCACGUUGGAGAUCAGGAAGCCCAGCCCCUACGACGGCGGCAUGUACACAUGCAGGGCCAUCAACGACUUGGGGGAGGCCCAGGUGGAGUGUAAGCUGGAGGUCAAAGGAGGGUUCACCUUCUACGAACUCAUGCAACGCGGCGUGCCCCUCCACCUGAUUGACAAGUACAUGACCGAGACGAAGGUUGUCGAACAAGACAAGUAGAGACUUGUUGAGCUUUAGCCGCAAAACGCGCUGCCGCGAGCGACGCCCCUCUUCUCUCACCUACAGCCAACCACUACGGGAGGCCGGCAACCUGGAGGCGGAUGCGGGGAUGGAAGGGUGAACGGGGUCAAGGGGGAGGAGGGCGCGUCGGGCUUUGUGUGGCAUGCUGUGUCACCCUCUGUUUUUUAUUUGUACGUCUUAGUCAGCUCGGAUGCAUGUCAGCAGCUCUUUUUGUUUUGCCUACGUGUGAAAACAACAUUAAGAAUAUCACACUACAUCUUUUUUUUGGGUGGGGUGGUCAUGCUCAGUAAAAGGUGGGGUUGUAUCAACAAAAAUGUUUGGUCUUUGUAUGGUGUCGCUGAAGAAAAUUGCUGGAUAAAUGAAUGUGUCGAUGACUCAUCUUAACGAGAAGGGAAACUUGAUUCAGAAAUGUGGUUUAUUCUGCAUGAAAUAUUGUCUUUUUUUUGGGGGAUUCAUAUUGGUGACUUGAGCUAGGAUUGAAGCUCGGUCAACAUGCGCAUGCCUUUAACUUUGUAAUUAUGGCCAAUGGAUUACAAUAAAUGGCAAUUUUAAUUAUGA